AGCGGCUCAGAGCGCCCCGCGCCCCGCCGCAGCAUGUCGGGCGCGCGCUGCCAGACGCUGUACCCCUUCUCCGGGGAGCGGCACCGCCAGGGGCUGCGCUUCGCCGCGGGGGAGCUGAUCACGGUGCUGCAGGUGCCGGACGGCGGCUGGUGGGAAGGGCAGAAGGAGGACGGGCUGCGCGGCUGGUUCCCGGCGAGCUACGUGCAGCUGCUGGAGCAGAAACCCAGAAAGGCAACUCCUCAGCCAGGAGAAGAUGCUUUGAACUGCCAUCUUCCCCCUGGCUGGCAGAGCUAUAUGUCUCCCCAGGGCCGCAGGUACUAUGUGAACACCUUCACGAAUGAGACAACUUGGGAGCGGCCAAGCAGCGUGCCUGGGACUCCAAAGAGCCCUGGGACACAGAAGAGCCCUGCAGUGAAUGGCUACCACAUCUCUGGGACCCCAGUACAUCAGCUAGAUUCCAGUCAUAUGAGCCUCCGAAAAACCAGUGGAGACCCCCAGAGCCCCGGGUCCCCGGCCGCGCCGCGGAGGCAGAGCAAGGAGAGCAGCCUGACGAUAAACUGUGUGACCUUCCCCCACCCUGACAUAAUGCCUGAGCAGCAAUUGCUGAAACCUUCAGAAUGGAGCUACUGCGAUUAUUUCUGGGCUGAUAAGAAGGAUUCACAAGGGAACAAUACAGUAUCAGGAUUUGAAAUUCUUCUUCAAAAGCAACUUAAAGGGAAACAAAUGCAGAAAGAAAUGGCAGAAUUUAUUCGAGAAAGAAUAAGGAUUGAGGAAGAGUAUGCCAAGAACCUGUCCAAACUUUCUCAAAACUCCCUGGCUGCUCAAGAAGAAGGAACACUGGGAGAGGCUUGGGCUCAACUAAAGAAGAGUCUAGCUGAUGAAGCAGAGGUUCAUCUCAAAUUUUCUUCUAAGCUUCAGAGCGAGGUAGAGAAACCCCUGCUCAACUUUAGAGAGAACUUUAAGAAAGACAUGAAAAAGUGUGACCAUCAUAUUGCAGACUUACGGAAGCAUCUGGCUAGCCGCUACGCAGCAGUUGAAAAGGCCCGGAAGGCUUUGACAGAGAGACAGAAGGAUCUGGAAAUGAAAACUCAGCAACUAGAGGUGAAGCUCAGCAACAAGACAGAAGAAGAAAUUAAAAAGGCCAGACGGAAGUCUACCCAGGCAGGGGAUGACCUGAUGCGCUGUGUGGAUCUUUACAAUCAAGCCCAGUCCAAGUGGUUUGAGGAAAUGGUGACCACCACUCUGGAACUUGAGAGACUAGAAGUAGAAAGGGUGGAGAUGAUUCGACAGCACCUUUGCCAGUAUACACAGCUGCGGCAUGAGACAGACAUGUUCAACCAAAGUACAGUAGAGCUUGUGGAUCAGUUGCUUCGGAAAGUGGAUCCUGCCAAAGACAGAGAACUGUGGGUAAAAGAACACAAAACUGGAGAUAUCCGACCUGUGGACAUGGAAAUAUAGACUGAUCUAUAGUUAUAUAUGAUGGGUCCACUGAAUUAACCAGGCUAAUUUUUUUUUAAAAGAGUCAGAAGAGCACAGAGAGACGUUUUUUCCACUACCAGACACCUUGUAAUUUAUGCCUUCACAGGCUAUCUCUGUUACACUUAGUCAUUAAAAUGGUCCUCAUUGUGCUAAGCCUUAAAGCACCAAACAUUCCAGGGUUAAGAAACCAGAUGUGUACUUCCCACCAGAGGUUCCCAAUUGCACGCAGCUUCUAGAAGAAAUCUGCUUUCUGGUACAGAGAGCUCUGUUCUUCAGUGACUUUGUGCUACAAUCCUUGCAUGACACUCUUUAUAUAGUAUGUUAAAACAACCAUGCAAUGAGCCUCUGGCUAGCAAGUAGAUAACUAUUUGAACAUGAUGCAAGAAGCAAGGAAGUCAUGAAUCUCAGGUCUGUCACUGACUGCUUACAUGGCCAUCAGCACAUCAAUUAACUUUUCUGGCUCCCCAUCUAUAAUAAACACACUUCUCACAUCAGUGUUGUGAGGAUACAUAUAUUUCAUAUAACAGAAUUUCCCACUGAGACAGUGAGAGGAUGGCCCUUUUCCCAAAAUAGGAAAUAAGGCAAAAGGCAGCAGAGAAGACUCAUGUCCUUCCAGUUUUAUACUCCCUCUCAGGGAUACAUAAACCCAUUAGCUUCUUCAUUUCUGUUCUUGGCCAAUAGGUAGUAAGGUUGAAAGUGUUAUCACCAUUAUUUAUGAGGAAAGACUUGGUUGUGCUAUACCUACCUCAUUAGCUGUCUGAGUGCCCUCAGUGGCAGGAAGAGGUUAUUUACCAUGGAAUAAAUGAGAUGUUCAAAACCUUUCUUGCAUAUGCAGGAUAUUUUCCUACAGUAUCUCCUUAAAAACAGUUUUUUUGCAUCUUGUUUGGGAUCAGGGUUUAAAUUGGCCUCUGUUGGUUCCUUCAGGUGAAUAAUUGCAACCUUUAGAUGCCCUUAAUUAUAAGGUCACUGCUGGGUUCUUGUCUAGCUAGACUAUGAGUUUUAAUCUUUUUAGAGCUUGAUUUUCAAAGGUGUCGUGUAUCCUAGAUUGCUAUUCUAGAUUGCUUCAAAUGUAGAUACAGGUGCCUUUUGCACAAUCACAUUCUUAACCUCAGAGUUUUCCUUUGUCACCCUUACUACACACUGCCACAUUAUUACCAUUGCUCUUGGUACUCUCUAAUGUUCCAAAUCAUUCCCUUCCUGCAAAUGUCUCCUCAGCCUUCUUCUCUGCUGUGAUGCAAACCUUUAUCAGACGUUGGCUGGUUUAGUGUCAUGAUAAUUGCAUGUUUAGAACUGUGUCACUAUGCCAUGGUGUUCCUGACUUUUUUGACCUGAUACCUACCAUAUUGCACUUCAGUUACAUAUUUUUGAAUUUGUGACUAUAAUUUUAUUCUCUAUCUGGGAAGCAUCCAGCACACUAGAACCUGAAUCUCCCCUGCAGGACUCCUGAAAAGACAUUUGCAGUACAAAUAAAAUACGAUUUGUCUAAUUGCCUCUGAGUCUUUGAGCUCCGUUAGACUAAAAAAGUUUCCUAGAUUAUUCUUCUGCUUUUCAAACAGGGAAAUUUUGUGCUGAUCUCCCUUUUUCAAUCUUAUUAUUCAGUCACUGUCUGUCCUCAACACAAGAAAUAAAUGUUUUGGCAUACUGAUGUGUAUUUUUGCUCUCUGUACCUUGCACUUUGGAGGACAGGCGCUCUUUCCCAACCUCACCUCAGCCAAAAAAACCCCCAAACCUUCAACAUCAAAAAGCUACUGGGGUUCUUAAGAACUGAAAUCUCAUGUGAGCCCUGUAUUCUCAGAUGUAUUGUAAUUGAAAUGAGCAAUCUUGAGAACAUCUCACCACAUUUUUGAACUCUUGAUAGCAGAACCAAGCCAGUUAUGCACUUUAUACAGUAUUCUGCUUAAUAGGUAUCUUAAACCAUCUGCUAUCUAUUACAUUUUUUCCCUCUUUUUCAUAGAUAUAUGUUAUUUUACUUAUUUUCAACUGGAAGUAUAGUCCAUUAGCAGAGAUAUCUCUCAGGACUGUUUUUAAGCUGCUCUCAGUUCUCAUUUGUAGUUUCUGAUGAUUUGUAAUUUCUCUACGUAUUUCCAGAGAGUUUUUCUCCAACUACUUCUAGUUUUUGGUCUAUUUGAAAUGUUACAGGAAUGCGUGAGUUGUAUAGGACCACAAUUAUCUUGACGGAAGCUGUAUCUUUUUUUCAUAUCAAUAAUCUAAGGAGAUCACUUGUAGCUAACGUUUGUUUACUGAUGGCUAAUCUUUACCAGACAGAGCGAACUGUCCCAUGGAACUACUGUAUGACAGGUGAAAUACUUCUUAUAUUACAAGACUUUGAUCUGUAAUUGGUGGAAGUGUUAGAAGUUUUGUUGUUAUUAUACGGUUUCCAGUUUAUUUCUGGCAAAGGGAAACCCCUUGCGAUAUCACACUACGGUUACUUGGGAUCAGUGUUAUUUGGCCUAUUCCCUUCUCUAAUGGAUCCUCUAAUGUACUGUAAACACUAUGAUGUCUUGUAAGUUAGGGAAUGCUCAGGACCCUGUGCUUCUGAAUGAACAGCAAGUAUAAAGUAGAUAGUGACAUCUUUGAAGUGGAGCAUGGACCCCUAACUCUUUUUAUUCAUUCUUAAGAAAGUGAUGCUAAGAAUUUUAACAUUCAUACAUUCAUUUUCCAUUGAGUUGCAAAAAUACAGUCAUAUCCAGUUUUUCCUUAUACGUUAAUUCAUCCUAAAUAGCUUUUCUUCUGGACCAAGAUCAAGCUUCAUAUUGUUACAGUAGCAUCUAAAAAGCAUGAUGAUGUUUUAAUGUAAAUGAUUAAUAGGAAUUACAAAAUAAAUGACUGAAUACAUAUUGAUCUCAGGGAUCACCUUAUUUGUCCACAUACCUGGUGGUGGUUUUUAAUGUUUUAGACAUCUACUAGUAUCAGGCUUUCUUUGUUGGUUGACAUACCUACCUUAAAUCUUCAUAUGGCUCUAUGAUCAGAGACCAGAAAGCAACCUUUGGAUGAUGCUAAUCUUUGAUUUAAAAUUGGAGGAAAAAAAAAAAAAAAACGUAAAAAAGUCAAAACAGCAAUGAAAAGAUAAAUGAAAAUCCCUGUUCUCUUUCUGGGAUACUUUUCCCUGUCUGCAGCCCUGCUUGAGCUGCUGAGGGGUAGCUGUACUCCCAUCUGUUGCACAGUUUCUGUAAGCAUUGAAAUUGUUCUUCCUUCCAUGCAUAAGAGGUAGCAUGCAAGCUUGCUCUUGAGUUCCCUUUGUGCUUUAUUCAUCUGUACAAUUUGAUGCUGCAGAAUUAGCUGCUUUUCAUUUACCUCACAGCCACACACUAAUGCCGGUUUGGUUUGUGUUCCUGUUUCUUGACAGUGAGCUGCUACAUUUUUUUGUUGUUUGUUUGUUUGUGUGUUUGUUUGAUUUUCCCUAGCAGGAUUUUUUUGUAAAGCCUUCACAGGAGUCUGGUAAAUGCUCAUUAGCAGUUGUUAUUGCUCAGACCUUCUCAGAGGAUCUUUAAACUCAUCCCUGUCAUUUAAGGCAUUAUUUAAAUAGUUGCUGCAAGUUAAUCUCCUUAGUCUUUUAAGUAGGAACUUACACUGUUCUUUUGACCUGCUCUCUAGAAGUGCUCAGCAUUCAGAUUUUGAGGAAGUCAACAGGGAGUGUAUCGGUGAUAAGACACUUUGAAAAUCAAGCUACAUGACGGCACGGACUUCUUUUUUUCCUUAGGCUUCAAAUAUUUGUAAAAAAUAAACCUUAAGAAACAAAAAUCUCGCUCACUUGAAUGUGUAAGAGCUAGCUGCUAUACAUACAAUUUCCAGCAGCUCCGUGAUAGGCACUGUGUCAGGCUACAUCAGGAGCGCAGUUGUAUAGCAGGGGCCUGCUGGUCUCAUGGUUCUGAUGCCAGCCAUCAGAAUCCACAUCCCAAGGCAAGUGAAAAAGUAACUCUGCCUAUCUGUUUAUUCAGUUGCACACAGGGAGAAAAAGAGCACUGCUUACCCAGCUGGGUCUUUGUCUAUCAAGCACCUUGGAAAUACAAACCAGCACCUUUAAGGGCCCCCCUGGAGUGAGUUGAUAUAACUUCGUGCUGUGAUCAGUCUAUUGCUCCAUUCUGAACAGAAGAAAAAAAAAUGUAUUUUGCACUAGCACAGCCUAUUGGGUCUGUUCCCAGAGAAGAGAGUAAGAGUUGUCUUAGAGGCAAUAUUGUGUGUACUCAGAUUUUCAUUUUAUAAGAAUGCUUCUUCAAAGGACAACAUUAUAAGAGAAGCUUUCAAGAUAAUAAGCUUCCCUGAUCGCUGAGCUUUCAGGAAUGUAUACAGGUGUCUUGCUUCACAGCAUGUGUUUAAAUAAAUGAAGGAAAAGGUCCCAGAGGUAGCGUUAUCCGAAGCAUUGCUACAAAUAAUUCUUGCUAUAUGGGCAUUCUUUCUGUACUAAUACAGUGAGAGGGAAUGGCUGACCGGUGUCCCAGCUCCUCUGCACUGUGGAGUCAUAUGAGGCUUUGCAUAGGAGCCUGCUGGGCCCAUUUAAUAUAACUAGGCAGAUAAUGCUCAUAGGUAAAUUCGAAUAGAAAACAAGCGCAUAAGGCAGUAAAUGUUUAACUGUCCCAAUCAGGUCUGAGCUUCUUGACAACAUACUUGCCUUCCUUAGAGCCCUAGCACAUCCCAGUAACAUGAAAAAUCAGUGACAAAAUGACCCCUUGUGUCCAUUCCUUAAUUCAGGGCUUGCUGGUUAGCACCUGGUCGUGACAGCUGGUCUGAGGCAACACCACGUUGAUACCUGAAGAAUGUUUUUUGGCACUGGGUGUUGGUGUGAUGUCCUGUAGCAUUUCACUGAUCUGACCCUACGUUAGGGAGCGAUAUGUAUCAAGCUUGGCUUACAGGCGUUUUCCAAGAGUUCAGAGCACACAAUCUUUCUGUUACAUAAUGGUGAUGUAUUCUUUCACAUCAUUAAGUCCUUGUCUUUUCUGGAGGACUAUUAUAUAAAUAAUAUUCAUCACUUUGUUUUAUAGUAGAACUUAUUCAUAUAAAUAUGCAGCAUUCAAUUCUGAUUUUUAUUCAUUGUUAGUGUGGCCACACCUCCACCGUGGACCUCCACCAGUUUUCAGGACCUUUUCCUUAAUUUUGAAUUUCAGUAGAACAUCUCUGUUGCUUACAAAAUUUCAUGCUUUUGGAUAUUUUCUGAGCAUGAUGAGUGCUUGUUUUUUUAGAGAAUUUCUUUUUCUAUUUUCUUUUUAUAUUCUUUUCUUGUCAGCCACUGGGUUUGAAAUUGCAAUGACUCCUUUUUGUGCUAUUCGCUGUUCAUUCUUUCUUCCUGGAGAUUUUUUUUCUGAAGGGACCAACACAUAGCACAAUUUGACUUAAAGUUCUAAUUCCAUGCAUUCCUCAGGCAGAAAGUAUUUGUGUCUUACUAAGCAUCUGAUUCUAGCAAUCAUGCACUAAUAAAAACAUUCAGAGACUGAUAAAAGUUACAUUUUAGGUCAAUAGCGUAAUAAUUGCAGGAAAAAAUAUUUACAUAAAUUUGAAACAUUCCAAUUUAAUCCCUUCAACUUACAUUAAGUUGAACUAUUUCUAGGUAUAACGUAAGAGACAAACUCAGUGGAAUUUCGGAACAAAAGCAGUUCAGCUGCUACAUUCAGGUUCGGUGACUGGAUAACACUAUAAUUUUGAAUAAAUAUAGUCUUUCAGGGCCAUUAUUUCACAAAUACCUGAAUAACAGCUUGAACUGCAACUCUGCUAAAAUUCAGCUAGCAGUUCCCCCCAAAGUGCCUCUUUAAAUUGUACCUCAUAAAAUCAUAUAAAAGACAUUGAUUCACCCUAUAAAUUUCCAAAACUCAGGAGCAGCCAGUAUGCACAGAUCUUGCAGGAUUCUCAGCACUCCUUCCUUGCUCUGCACUGUGAAGUCUUUUAGGGUAAUCACACAUCAAGUAAACCUGCCUUUAUUUCACUGAUCAUUUACUGUCAAGCACAAACAUCAUAAAUUCUCAGUGCUGAAAAUGGAGUAGGAAGUGUUAAGAAUAUUAGAUUUAAAAGCAACUCCGUUACAGGACGGUUGCUAACUUAAUCUUCACAUCUUUAAAUACAGGGAUCUCUGCAGAAUAAGCAAGGAAUCCACAUAAAAAAGGUAAAGGGUAUCUUGGAUGUAAGUAGGGCUGUUUUUUUUAAAAAAAAAAACGCACCUUGACUCUUCUCUUUGAAGUGGUUGCUUAAAACAAAUUUUCUGGUACUGGAAGUGUAAAGCUGAUCAGUGCUUCUGGGGAUCUCAUAUCUGCAUGAUAUGACAAUCUUGUCAUUCAAAUUUGGGAAUGUUUGGCUUGAAAUCUCAUGUUCCUUCAGUUUUUGAGAUGAUGACUGAGUCUAAGAAAUUUUCGUGUCUAUUUACCAUUCUAUCACUCCACUGAGGAAGAACACUCUUUAGGGACAGCAACGUCUAUCAUUAUGAAAAAAAAAGCAGGUACUAGUACUGGACAAAUGGCUUCUCAUCCUCCUUAAAUAUUAUCCAUUCUUUCAGCAGUCCAAGACAGAGUGAAAAAUCCAAUUCUAAAAGCAGAGAUUCGAAGGCAGGCCUGAUCAGUAGUCAUAUACUAAAGAGUUUUCUACUAAAAUAAAGUUGCCUAUUUGGUCCUUUUUGUGUAACUUAUACUAAAUGCUUUCCAAGUUUUUAGGAAAGUUGUCUUUUGCCAGUACUAAUGACUUCUUUAUAAAAUUGUUUAACCAAAAUUUUAUAUCUUUCCAUAAAUUUUGGCUGAGUAGACCCCUUAAAUAGUUCAUGUAUCCUGCAACCUCUGUCUGGGUAACUAGUAACUAUUGGAUCAGUGUUUAGAUGAUGAUGUGGCCUUUGUUCAGUAAAGAUACAUGAAGGAAUCACUUACUGAAGAAGUUGAAUGCAGAGAAGAUUUAAGGGGGCAGAUCUUCAGCUAGGGUAAACUGGCCGUUUCAUGGAAGCUAAUUUAUGUCAGCUGUGGAUCUUGUCCUUCAAUGUUGAAGGCAUUGGCUAUAAAUAAUUUUUCUGUCUUAGUGUAAAACAAUUUCAUACGGUUAAACUGUAUUUUCCUAUAUUGUUCUUCAAAUUCCUGUGCACCACAGUGCUCAUCUCAUCUCCUGUAAAAUAAACUGUACAGAGACAUAUUGAGAA